GGGCAACGCGAUACUUACACGAGGCUGGCCAUAAAAGCCGCCAUAAAUUGCGCCCUUGAUAAAAGUAGCUAUAUUUAGAGCCGGCCACCCGCGGGGUACACCCGAAUACGAAUUCAUUCAUCCUGACAGUGGCAGCGCACAUUUUAUCCCCGGAAUACGAUGCGGGUUCAAGGAUCGCGUUCCUCUCGACUCGGGAUUACGCUUGUGCCUCGUGUGCGUUUCGCGUGCAUAAAAGGGAUAACAUCGAAAGCGCGCGUGAGCUUACACAUAAUAGCAUUAUACAUAUAAGCAUUUAUAUAAUUCCAUAAUAAAUUUAAGCCAAGCGGAACGUUCGAACGUGUAAGUGACAGAAUAAACGAUAUCGUGUCAUACUUUCGUUAUGUAUUAGAUUCUGAUGGCGAAAAGGCUCUUUCUAUUUUCCAUUCUUAUAUUAUAUUGUGCACGGGACGCAAGUUUCGCGUCCAGACCGAGAAGACAGAAAUUGUACCCGCCACCACUCGUCUUCCCGUUCGGAGGGACAAUCAAGCUCAUCGUGGGAAUCUCGUUGCCCGUGGAGAUCUCUGGCAGAAUUUUGGCUUACGCGCAGAACUUUCAAUUCCAAUACCUCUUGCCGCAAAACGCCUCGCUCUUCACUGAGUUCUUCGAGGACGCGAAGUCGUCGCGACGACGACGCCGCGAGAAUGUUAGCUGGAACGAAAGGAUGACCGUCUACAGCCUGCUGGAGGAGGAAUUCGAGAGGAGAGGGAUAGAUGGAAGGGAGUGCAUGAAAAAGAGCAUAUGCGAAGCGGCGAUGGCGCCUUUAGAGGACGAAGGACUCGUGGGAGAAUUGUUGCACCUCUUGCUCACGCCUCAACAAGAGAGUGAUUCAUCUUUAAACUCCGAGUACUUGGAGGCAUUCGAAUUCGGACGAGAACAUCACGAUUGUUCACAAAUCUACAGGUUGUGCCCUUCCGGUCAAGGAAUUCUGGAUCAAAUUUCAAAACUGGUGUGAUAAGAAUUUAUGAUGGUAGUGCGAUCCAGUCAGCCUCUCCACUGAUCUGGAAAAAGGAUAUAUCCUUACGUGAAAUCGCAUGUCAACUUGUAUGCGCGCAAU